GAUUACGUAUCUUUCCUUUCCAUCCUGCAACGAACACCUCCCAAAGAUCUGUAAUUCUUAGCUUUUUAACAUCUCCACUCGAAGAUCCAAUCAUGGAUUUCAUGAAGGUAUUCGACCAGACAGUCCGCGAAAUAAAGAGAGAGGUUAAUCUCAAGGUCCUGAAGGUUCCCGAGAUCGAGCAGAAGGUGUUGGAUGCAACUGAUGAUGCGCCUUGGGGUCCUCAUGGCACUGCAUUGGCAGAAAUUGCACAGGCCACUAAGAAAUUCACCGAAUGUCAGAUGGUUAUGAAUGUUCUGUGGACAAGAUUAGGUGAAACAGGCAAGGACUGGCGUCUUGUCUACAAGGCGUUAUCUGUUAUAGAGUAUUUGGUGGCUCAUGGUUCUGAGCGUGCUGUUGAUGACAUAAUAGAACAUACAUUCCAGAUAUCAUCACUUACAAGUUUUGAAUACGUUGAGCCAAGUGGAAAGGAUGUGGGACUUAAUGUGAGGAAGAAGGCAGAAAAUAUUGUGGCUCUCUUGAAUGAUAAGGAAAAAAUACAAGAAACCAGAAAUAAAGCUGCUGCAAACCGUGAGAAGUACUUUGGUCUUUCAUCUACAGGAAUAACUUAUAAAUCAGGUUCAGCCUCAUACAGUAGUAGUGGCUUCCAGAGUAGUAAUCGAUAUGGAGGCCUAAGUGGUACAAGAGACAGUGAUAGUUUUAGGGACAGUUAUAGAGACAAGGAUCAUUAUGGAGAAGAAAAGACUGAAAAGGAUACCUAUGGAAAGUCACGUCAAGGGGGUGUGACUGAUGAUCCAGGGAACACGUGGAAGAAGGGUUCUACACGCAGUGGCAGGGAUCAGAAUAAUGUGUCAGUCAAUGCAUCAAAGUCGUCAUCUAAGUUAAAUGAUCCUCACAAAAACAAUUCAGUUCCUUCCCAACAUGCAAAUGCCCCUUCAAAUACCUAUGAUGAUGACUUCGAUGAUGAUUUUGAUCCCAGGGGAACUUCCAGCUCUAAGACAGCUGCUGAAACUUCUAAUCAAGUUGAUCUGUUUGGAGAAAGUCUGAUUGGCGGCCUCAUGGAUGCACCAACAUCUGUUUCCACAGAGACAUCAACCAUGAAUGGCAAUUCAUCAGAGGUUGAUCUGUUCGCUGAUGCAACUUUUGUAUCAGCACCUCCCCAAGUAGAAAAGGGAGCAAGUACUCAGUCUCAGACUCAGGUUGAUCUGUUUGCUUCCCAGUCUGUCAUUCCUCCUGCAGUUCCUCCAGCGGUUGAUUUAUUUUCCAGUGCUGAUCCAGUUGUGCAACCAGAAACCAAGGACCAAAAAUCUGAUUCAACAAACAAUAACAUCGUUGAUCCAUUUGCUGCAGUUCCAUUGAACAAUUUUGAUGGAUCUGAUCUUUUUGGUGCAUUCUCUUCUAGGUCCAAUUCAGCUUCUACUGAACCUGCAAAAGAUCCUAUAAAUGGUGGCGGCCUUAAUGAUUUGAAUUUGAAUGCUUCAGACUCCAAGCCUACACCAAAGAAGGAGACUUUCCAGGUCAAGUCUGGAAUAUGGUCAGAUUCAUUAAGCCGUGGACUGAUUGAUCUCAAUAUAUCUGCUCCUAAGAAAGUAUCACUAGUGGAUGUUGGUGUCGUUGGUGAUCUGAGUGAUGGAAAAGAUGAAAAGGACAAGGGACCGCCAGCUUCUCUCUAUAUGGGAAGAGCCAUGGGCACAGGGUCUGGUCUUGGUAGAUCUGCGUUUACAUCUUCAGAGUCACAGGCAUUGGAUUCAGAUUUCUUCUCAAGCCUCAGCAGCCAACAAUACCAACUUGGUAGUUUUAAGAAGUAAAUUUUUUUCUAUACAGUUGACAUUUUGUCCCUGAUUAUCUUCUCAAUAUUCUUUUGCCCAUUUGGCAAAGAAAAUUUGAUAUGUUGAGCAUAUUUGUGUGCCAAGUCGUGUUCAUAAAUGAAAACAAUAGUGAUUUGAUUAUGUAUCCGUCAUGAGUGAGAGUACUUUUACAAGACUGUUUAUGUUCAAUUGAUUACAUAAAUAGCGUCCUUAUGCAGUCACGGGCUUUGGUGACCACGUUUGUAAUGGUAGAUCUGUAAUUUCAA